CCCUGCCCUGCCUGGCCAGGCCCGCCUGCCCGCCCGCUUGCCGCCGGCCCGCCCGCCCGCCCUCCCCUCGGCGGGUAAGAGGCGAGCCGUGGGAACGCUAUGGGGGAGACGGGCGCCGGACGAGGCGCGGGUCGCGCACUGGGCGCCCUCCUCCCGCGCAGCGCACGCCGCCUCCCCGACGGCCGCCCGCGUCCCGCUGUGACCACCGCCGUGACCGCCGCCAUAGCCAUGAAGCGGGCGCACCCCGAGUACAGCUCCUCGGACAGCGAGGAGCUGGACGAGGCCAUCGAGGUGGAGAAGGAGAGCGCGGACGAGAAUGGGAACCUGAGUUCGGCGGCGGGCUCCAUGUCUCCCUCCACCACCUCGCAGAUCCUGGCCAGGAAGAGACGCCGAGGGAUCAUCGAGAAGCGCCGCCGCGAUCGCAUCAACAACAGCCUGUCCGAGCUGAGGAGGCUGGUGCCCAGCGCCUUUGAGAAGCAGGGAUCGGCCAAGCUGGAAAAAGCUGAGAUUCUGCAGAUGACUGUUGAUCACCUGAAAAUGCUGCAUACAGCAGGAGGGAAAGGUUAUUUUGAUGCUCAUGCUUUGGCUAUGGACUAUAGGAGUCUGGGCUUUCGAGAGUGCCUGGCUGAAGUUGCUCGAUACCUGAGCAUUAUAGAGGGUCUGGACGCCUCUGAUCCUCUGCGAGUUCGCCUUGUGUCUCAUCUCAACAACUAUGCCUCUCAGCGGGAAGCAGCAAGUACUGCGCACACUGGCAUUGGACACAUUCCUUGGGGCAGUGCCUUUGGACAUCAUCCUCACUUAUCUCACCCGUUGCUGCUGGCUCAAAAUGGGCACGGUAAUACCAGUACUACAGCAUCUUCUGCAGAACCACAUCACCAGACCAGAAUUGCUGCCCCCCAUGCUGAAACUUCCUCACUCAGAGUGCCCCCAAAUGGCAGCGUUGGACCAGUGCUCCCCGUGGUCACAUCUACUACCAAACUGUCUCCUCCUCUGCUCUCCUCCAUGGCAUCUCUCUCUGCGUUCCCUUUUUCGUUUGGCUCCUUCCAUCUGCUGUCCCCCAGCGUGCUGAGCCCAUCUACACCAACGCAGUCAGCAGCCCUUAGCAAACCAUACAGACCAUGGGGGACUGAGAUUGGAGCCUUCUAAGAACUAACUCUUAGUGAGGGUGGGGAAGCCUACAAGCCUAGCUGAGCUAGGUUAUGCUACGGUUAAAGUUGAAGUUCUUAAUAACUGGGACAAAGGUACAGCUUCACCUUAACUAACUGUCUGAAAACUAGCUCUUUGGAUUUUUCUUUUUUAUCCCUACAUUUUUGUAUUAGUAAUUUUGUUAGGAUUUUUUUUCAGUGGUUGCUAAUGUUGUCCGAAAAUAAAAUUACAAUAGUGGUUGUUAACACUUGUGUUAGAUCUGUGCUGAGGAUUUAAAUCACUUUUGUAAACAAUUUGUUUCAAAUGUUUCAUUUUUCCUGAGUACGUCAGACUGCCUUUUUAUGAAGAUCUGUCACCUAGAAUUGUUAGCAGCAGCUUGUUCAGUUUUUCAAGACCACUCUUCUCAGUGCUAACGAGCUGUGGUUUUGUGUUUUGACACUGAGAUGUUCUAUAAAGAAUUACUCUUUUUGUAAACUA